GUUUUCAAUGAGGGAAAAACAUUAAAACAUGAUGGAGAGAUAAAAACUAGAUUUUGCCGCUUCAAACCAUUCUGAUCUCCCGAUUAGUGGAUAAAUGGUCGAUAUUUGGCUAUUUAACUUCAGUUAUAUCCUCUCUUACAUUAAAUGUGUAAAUGCAUGCUGUCUACAAGCAGUUGAGCUUCUGUUCAGAGCUGGUUGCUUGUUUCUCAACAUCUGGCAGAAACGCUUGGUCGGCUAAAAAUACCCUCAACUUUUUGUCACGUGUGGACCGAGUUUCCUGAGUCUCUGCAGCAGACUCUCUGAAAGCAAAGCCUGCUCUCGUGUCUGGACAGGGCAGGCUGUGCGUUUCUGAUUUCACAGACCUCAGCUGUGAUGAUGGGAAACCAAAGGGAGGAGAAGUUUAGAUCACAUGGUGCCGAAGUCAUUCUGAAAGUAUGCUAGCGGGGGAACUGCCCACAGACGGUGCCAUGCCACCAGCAUCAUCUGAAGAGCUAAACACAGUUUUCUAGCAGGCGACAAGAUGAGGAGCGAAAACAUGUCUGACCCGACCACCGACUCCUACCCGACCAGCUCCACCUUCAGCUCCACCUUCAGCUCCACCGCCGCCCUCGCCUCCAGCUCAGGAACCACCAACACCUACGUCCAUGACAUCACGGCCGCCGACGGCCUGACCUCCAGAACCAACCAGGUCUACAGCGCCGUGGCCCUGCUGGGUUUCUGCGCCGGCUGCUUCGUCGUCUUCAGCUUCGUCCAGACCUUCCGGGCCCAGCGGCGGCUGGCCUGGCUCGACUGCCUCCUCUGGGUCUUCUGCGGCCUCCAGCUGCUGCUGCUGCUCCUGUCGCUCCACAUCGUGGCGCACCGACCCAAAUACAUGCCGAACUCACCGCUGGGCUGCGCCGCGCUCUCCUUCGCCGUCAACGCCGCGUCUCUCUGCGGCAUUUUGGUCUUGGUGCUGAUGGCGUUCGUCCUCACCCUGGACCCGCCGUUCAACGCGCCGCUGCGGAAGCCGACGGUCUGCGCGGCGCUGGUGCUGCUGGCCUCGGCGGCGGUGAGCCUGCUGCUGGCAGGGCUUCGGGGCCUGCCGCCGGGGCAGGACUGCGUCAUGGAUCCGGCCCCGGCUGGGGUCGCAUACGCAGCGGCGAAGUUUUCUCUGGCGGUUCUGGUUCCCUACUCCCUGCAGGUUGGACUUCUGGUCAGCGGCUGCGUCCGCCAGUGGCGAUCCAAAGGCCGCUUCCUGUCGGGCUCGGAGGAGGGUCCGGUCUUUCUGACCGUCACGUUGCUGGUGUUCCUCUGCCAGCUGUUCCACUGCGCGGCGCUGCUGCGGGCGGCCGGGCUGGUCCAGAACGGCCAGGAGAGCCGCCUGGAGCGGGCCUUUCUGACCGUGGCGGAGUGCGUCCUGUUCUCCGGCAGCAGCGGCAGCAUGGUGCUGGUGCUGCUGCUGCACCGGCCCAGCCGGGAGAGCCUGCAGGGGGCGCUGCGGCAGCUGCGGGACUGCUGCCGGAGGCCCGGCCGCGCUCAGCCCAACAGGAACAUCAUAGCGCCGCACAUCGAGAUCACAGACACGCUGCAGGACUUGGAGUCAUAGGCUGCCAUCUUUUAAAUCUGUUAAAUCUGCAAACCGCAAGCGCAGAAGAAGAACGCUGACGUCACAGCGGCGCUCUGUUUACGGAAGUAAUAAAACCGCCGCCGCCGCUCUAUCAAUGGAUUUUAAAGGGAACUAUGAUGCAAACUUCAUGUUUUCCAUGUUUUUAUGCUUCCAUUACAAGGCCGGUCUUGACAGAUUUUACUGUAAAUUUCUACCCCCAACAAACAGUCAUAGUUUUUCACAUUUUUAGCAAAAAGUAAGUGUAUGCUUGUGAAAUUAAAGGGAGUGGUGGUCUUAACGGUGGCAUUUCAGUGCAAAAUACCACAGAACAAUUCAACUUAGGCCUGUCCGUAAUACAUUUUGCUGGGUGAUAAAUAGGCCCAGAAGUUAUUGUGAUAAAUGAUAAUAUUGUUGUUUUGAGACCAUUUGAGUCCCAGAGCGAAAUUCAGUGAAAGAUUUGUACGGAGCCUGGUGCCGGAAGUCCAUUAAAAUGCUGUUUACAUCGUUUUAAACUGUGUGAUUGUGAGUGGGAAUAAAAAUAGCAACAGGUAUUUUGUUCCAUAUAACACAGUAGGAGUGUAACAGGUAA